AUGCCGUCCAACUACGUAAACCUCGACGAGCCUCGCUGGGACCAAAGCACGUACUCAGGCCGUGCCAAGCAUUUCUUUGCUACUACCAACCCACUUAAUGUGCUGGCUAGCGACGCUGAUCUGGAUGCCGCCAAGCGGUUGGUUGAGGAGUACAAGGCUGGUUUGCACCCGAAUCUGAGCGAAGAGGAGAUCUGGAGUGCCAAGCAACUCGUGGACAGCGCUUUUCAUCCAGACACGGGUGAAAAGAACUUUUUAGCCGGUCGCAUGGCCUUCCAGGUGCCCGGUAACAUGAUCAUCUCAGGUUGUAUGAUGACGUUCUAUCGCUCCACUCCUGCUGUUAUCUUUUGGCAAUUUAUGAACCAAACUUUCAACUCUAUCGUCAAUUACACUAACCGUAACGCAAGUACGGGCGUAAGUCAGGAGCAGCUUCUGCAGGCUUAUGCAGCAGCUACCACAGCCUCGGUAGCGACAGCACUGGGGCUUAACAAGUGGGUGGCUAAGCGUCCAAAGCUCAGUAAUGGAAUUGUCGGUCGCCUCGUACCUUUUGUGGCUGUUGCCGCCGCAAACUGCGUCAAUAUUCCACUCAUGCGUCAGGUUGAACUACUUAAUGGUAUUGAAGUAGAGACCGAUGAUGGGGUUAAGAUUGGAAAGAGCAAACGCGCGGCAGCCGAAGCCGUGGCCCAAGUCGUGCCCUCACGCAUCCUCAUGGCCACACCAGGCAUGUUCAUUCCGCCUCUUGUCAUGAGUGUGUGUCUCAGUUUCUCGACUCCGCUCUGCUGCGCUCUGUUUCCGCAACGUAGCUCUAUGGCUGUGUCGGCGCUCGAACCCGAAUUGCAAGAAAGUGUUCGUCAGCGAUCGUUCAAGAAAGACCCGGUAACGCACGUUUUCUAUAACAAGGGACUUUGA